AGUUUAUAGGUUUAAUGGUUAGUUCAAUUAGUUCGCAGUUGAGUCUUAUCCUCGAACAAAACAGCCAAAAAGUCGCAUUCUGCUGGUACGGUUGUUAAAAGAGCAAGUGAUUGAGCCAAUAUUGAAUUCUAGUACUCAUGGAAUAUAGAUCGACCAUCUCUUACGCAGUCGACGUGAUUUGAAGUCUUGUGGCCAGUUUCUUUUUGAAUUAUUAUGCAUCAAUAGCCUGUUAACCUUCCUGCAUUCACAAAUUUCUACCUUGGAAGAAUGAAUUCCACGUUUCCAAAGGGUGGAGUUGAAGAGCCGGCAUAUCCACAACUAGAUUUGAGUGGAAAGCUAAUAAUUAAGGCCCAGCUGGGCGACGAUGUUCGGCGUAUUCCAAUACACAAUGAAGCAAUAACAUAUGAUGAGUUGGUACUAAUGAUGCAGAGGGUAUUCAGAGGGAAGCUCAGCAGUUCUGAUGAAAUUACAAUUAAAUAUAAGGAUGAAGAUGGAGACCUGAUCACCAUUUUCGACAGCUCGGACCUGGCAUUUGCUGUUCAGUACAGUCGCAUUCUAAAGCUUCAGAUUCUGGUUGGGGGAGAGGAUAAAACAAAUCAGCGCAACCAGAGCUUGCAACCUGUGCAAGUACAUCACAUCCGACGUGAACUCCAGCGCAUUCGUGACCAAGUGAACCAUCUUUUGGACUCCAUAGAACCUCGAGCUGUGGAAGUGAGCAGCUCCACUGCAGAGAACCGUAAUGGAGUAGCAGAGAGAAAUAGUGUUGCAUCAAAAUUGAGUUCUAGGGAGUUUGACCCUCUGCAGGAACAGGCACGGCUGAAGAGGAACCACAGUGGAGAGACGGUUGGAUCUGGCAAUGUAAUAGAGGAGGCUCAGCCUGAAGCUACUGUUUCUGAAACUGGGCGGGGUAGUACACCUGACAGCAUUGGCAGUUCAGGCUCACGACAAGUCUCUUCAGGGUUUGAGUCUGGUGGACAGCAGCAGCCACCAGCGUCAUCAUCUCAACAACCUCCACAGCAGCAACAGAUUCCUACUUCACAAGGUUAUCAACCUUCUGAACAACAGCCACCACCUCAAUCUGGGCAACCUUACCAACAGCAAGGAUAUCCUGGAUAUCCUGUGCAGCCAAUGUACUUGAGUGGACAAGUUAUGGGACAGCAAAACCCUGGCAUGAUGGUGCAUGGGCAGCCGUCACUGUGUCAGCCUAGCUUCACAACUGCACCAUAUCAGACUUACCCACCAGUACAACAAGGUUAUCCUCCUGGUCCUCAGAAGGGUGGCACAUCACCUGCUGGUUACCGACCAAGCAACCCAUCUCAGCCAACUCAACCACAGAGCUACCCUCAAGACUAUAACCCUCAACAGAGUGGCUUCCCACCUCCGCGUUUUCCUACUACACAGCAGUCACAACCCCCCACUACUGGUAAUCCCUACAGCAAGGGUGCUUCCUACAGUCGACCUCCGUCGCAGCCUGGAUACCAAUGAGAUGUCUGAGCUUCAUAAAUGGAAGCACUAAAUUACCACGAGAGCUACAUUCAUAACUGUUGUCAGAGUGCUUUGUAGUAUAUUUGUAUUUCAGUAAGGUAUCUAUUGUGUGGUGAAAUUCUUUUAUAUUCAAGUUUUAUUGCUCCAGUUUCUCAUUAUAUAGUAGUAAAGUGAAGAAGAUUGUCAUUCGGUGCUAAUUACCAUGUUUAUCAUGAGUUAUGGAUGCUGAUGAUUAUACAGGUUGUAAAUUCUGUGCAUAUAAAACAUAGCUAACCUUGCAAAGUGCUGAAAACUUACAGCCCUUUAUGAAGAACUAUUAUCGUCAGCUUGUUUGCCGAACCAUGUCAUCUCUUGAGAAAACGUAGUAGGCAACUAAUAUGCCACGCAUUAUGAACACAGAUAUGAAUAUAUUGAAGUAAAAAUAUUGUUCAGAAAAAUUCAGUUAUCACAAUAAAUGUUCAAAUGUCUUCAUUCUUCUCUUAAACAAACUUCAGGUCUCUUACAGAGAUUGACAUUAGUAAGAAUUCACUGACCUCACUAGGUAUGAUUGUUUCACAGAUGUUUUGCAUGAGUUCAUUCAUUAUGUGCAGACUAUUUGAAUAAACUUAAUUUUUUAGGUUUCUGCACAGAUAGAAGUCUGCAGGCCACAA